GGGCUGCGCAGCCUCACCUCCGCACUGUGGGGGGUAGCCCCAUUAGUUUCCUGACGCUAGGAAAGUCCACUCGGCGAAAGGCAAUGGCUUUCGCCAACUUCCGCCGUAUUUUGCGGCUUCCUAACUUUGAGAAAAAGCGGCUGAGGGAGUACGAGCACGUCCGGAGAGAUUUGGACCCCAAUCAGGUGUGGGAGAUCAUUGGGGAGUUGGGCGACGGUGCCUUCGGCAAGGUGUACAAGGCCAAGAACAAGGAAACUGGCAUUUUAGCAGCUGCCAAAGUCAUUGAGACCAAGAAUGAAGAGGAGCUGGAGGACUACAUGGUGGAAAUUGAAAUUUUGGCCACCUGCAACCACCACUUUAUAGUCAAGUUGCUUGGCUCCUACUAUUGGGAGGGGAAACUUUGGAUAAUGAUUGAGUUUUGCCCAGGAGGAGCCGUGGAUGCAAUAAUGCUUGAGCUUGAUCGUGGACUGAAAGAGCCAGAGAUCAGAACUAUCUGUAGACAGAUGCUGGAAGGCUUAACAUACCUCCACAGUAUGAAAAUGAUUCACAGAGACCUGAAAGCGGGAAAUGUGCUGCUAACACUGGAUGGCGAUAUCAAGCUCGCGGAUUUUGGAGUGUCAGCUAAAAAUGUCAAGACCCUGCAGAGAAGGGAUUCAUUUAUAGGGACACCAUACUGGAUGGCUCCAGAAGUGGUGAUGUGCGAGACCAUGAAGGAUGCUCCAUAUGACUACAAAGCAGAUAUCUGGUCUCUAGGAAUUACUCUCAUAGAAAUGGCUCAGAUUGAGCCCCCUCACCAUGAGCUCAACCCCAUGCGGGUUCUGCUAAAGAUUGCCAAAUCUGAGCCCCCUACCCUUUCUUCCCCCUCCAAGUGGUCUCCGGAGUUCCACAAUUUCCUGAAGACGGCACUAGAUAAGAAUCCUGAAACCAGGCCAAGUGCUGCGCAGCUACUGGAGCACCCCUUUGUGAAGAAAGUAUCUGGUAACAAACCUUUGCGGGACCUGGUAGCAGAAGCCAAGGCAGAAGUGCUAGAUGAAAUCGAAGAAAACGGAGAAGUGGAGGAGGAAGAAGCCUCAGACACGCCUAGUUCAAACAAGAGUGUCAGCCAAAGUGCACUUGGGGAAAAAGACAAACAUACUGGAAAGGAACACGUGGGCAAUGGGAUAAAAGCAGAGCCACAGAACACUGAUUCCCAAGCAGACAUUCAUUCACAGAAAAGAAACCAUGAAGGGAAGAAUUAUCCUGAACACAAUAGACAUGAUGCUGUGAAUGGGAAGCCAGACAUAAUAAUCUUGAACCCUGUGAGCAGCAACCAUGAACCAAAAAGAAACUCUGCAGCAGAGAGUUACAGAAAUGAGGAGCACGGUUCUGCAGUGUCAUCCAACCAGAGGCCAAAAAGCAGUCAGUCUGACCGUCAGUCUGUGGAACUUGUGCCCAAUGGAAGUUUUGAUUCCCCCACACGUUACUUCACUGGCUGGUCCAAGAGGGAUUCGGAUUCUGGCAGCAAUUCAGCUUCUGAAAGCAUGGACAUCAGUAUGAAUUUAUCUGCAGACCUGUCAAUUAACAAAGAGACUGGCUCUCUGUCACUCAGGGAAAGUCGUUUGCACAAAAAGACCUUGAAGCGAACAAGGAGGUUUGUUGUGGACGGAGUGGAAGUGAGUAUUACUACCUCAAAGAUCAUCGGUGACGAUGAGAAGAAAGAUGAGGAGAUGCGCUUCCUGAGACGCCAGGAGCUGCGUGAAUUGAGAUUACUACAGAAGGAGGAACACCGGAACCAGGCUCAGCUGACCUCUAAGCACUCAUUCCAGAUGGAACAGAUGUUGCGUCGCUUUGAGCAAGAAAUGAAUAGUAAACGGAAGUUUUAUGACUCAGAACUAGAAGCUCUUGAGCGGCAUCAGAAACAGCAGAUUGAACGGAUGGAGCAAGAACAUGCAUUGCGCAGACGAGAUGAGGCCAGGCGCAUCAGAACUGAGCAAGAACGAGACCAUGUCAAAUUCUUGGAGCAGCUAAAGCUUAGGAAAAAGGAGUUGAAAGCACAAGUGGAGAAACUCCCCCGGCAGCAGCGCAGAGAUGCAAUGAAAGUGCAAAUGGACGAUUUUGCUCAGAAGAAGCAUAUAGAGGAACAACAAUUCUUAAAUAAGCAGAAGGAGGAUUUGACCCUGGCCCUGAGAGUGAUUGUUCUGGAGAACAGGAAGGAGAUCUAUAACAAGGAGCGGGAAUUUCUAAACAAAAAGCAGCAACUUCUUAGAGACAGAGAAGCGGUCAUCUGGGAUCUGGAGGAGAGACACUUGCAGGAGAGACACCAGCUAGUGAAGCAGCAGCUGAAGGACCAGUAUUUCCUACAGCGUCAUGAGCUGCUGAGGAAACAUGAAAAGGAGCAAGAACAGAUGCAGAGAUACAACCAGCGAAUGAUGGAGCAGCUUAAGUUGCGCCAGCAGCAAGAGAGGGCCCGUCUGCCAAAAAACCAAAAAGCAGAGGCAAAAACCCGUAUGACUAUGUUCAAGAAGAGCCUCCAUAUCAGCCCAAGCGGCAGUGCUGCAGAGCAGCGGGAGAAGAUAAAGCAGUUUUCUUUGCAAGAGGAAAAAAGACAGAAAGCAGAAAGGCUGCAACAGCAGCAGAAGCACGAGCACCAGUUGCUGGAAAUGCAAGCGGAGUGUGACUGCAACGUCCGAGAUCUUCUGCAAAUGCAGAAUGAAAAGUGCCACCUGCUGGUAGAACACGAGACGCAGAAGCUGAAAACCUUGGAUGAGCAUCACAUUCAGAUGAUUAGAGAAUGGAGAGAAAAUCUUAGACCACGAAAAAAGGCUCUUGAGGAUGAAUUAGAACAUAAGAAGGAAGAGCAAGAAAUGUUCUUUCGGAUGAAUGAAGAAGUUGCAGGACAUCCAUUCCCAUCCAACAAGCCAGCCAAGUUCUAUUCUUUCAGCUCUCCUGAGGCCUCCUAAUUUCUGCAGCUAUAAGACAACUGUACAAACUAAAGGCCAAAAGCCACUUGGCACAGAAAACUUUUCCUCACGUCUUUCCUCGUUGGUGCUUAGUGCGAUUUCGAAGUGAUGAAGGGUGGACAAUACUAAGGAAGAGAGUCACUUUGAUCUGAAGGCGGGGCUAUGAAGGUGGAGCUCUAUGCACAGAAAAAAGAAUCCUGCUGUUGGAAUAUGCCUUUAUUUGUUGUCUGCCUAGAGAACAAACCUCUGUACUUUAUUUAAUGACUUCAGUGCUUACAGGCCAGCUACCAAUCAUUUCUAUAGUGAAAUUUAUUAUUUUGGUCAUGCAGACAAGCAGUUCAGCAUCAGAUAUUCUGUGCUCAGGCUAUGCUAGUAUACAAAUUAAAGGAAUGCAUUUCUUCCUAAA